CAACGUCAAGACUAAAAGUGAAGUCGCUAUCCUCAUGCGUCGCUCCAUCUUGUCAACAGCCUCUUGGUUUUCUCACAGGCCACCCUUCAACUUUCAUAACUGCAGAACACCCUUUCAUCGUGUGAACAUCCUCCAUCCGGGCCGAACAUUCAGCCAGACGUUCACCAUGUUCAAAGUCGGAGACGAUUUCGAAAAGAUCCAAGCCGCUCGUCCCGAGUUCAAGCGCGACGCGCCGGUCACUUUCUCGAAGCCACCUAAUCCCGACUGGAAGCAGGGAGAUGGUGCCAACGAUGGGGGCGAGAGUCUGAAAAAGAACCACCUGGAGAUUGACCCCUACGAAGAGGGACGACCGGUUGCCUCCAACUAUAAGCUUUUGAUCUCCGGCAUGGUCCCGAGACCCAUUGCGCUCAUCAGCACCAAGUCCAAGGAUGGAAAGACGACGAACUUGGCACCGUUCAGUUAUUCGCAGGUCAUCAACCAUGACCCCCCGCUCUUCACGGUGGGAUUCGUGGGAUCCCUGGACAAGGCCAAAGACACACUGAAGAACCUGGCGGACACGGAGGAAUGUGUGAUCAAUAUCAUCUCGGAGCACUUCGUUGAAGCCGCCAACGCGACGGCGAUCAACACUCCAUACGGCGUCUCCGAAUGGGAGGUCUCGGGGCUAACCCAAGCGCCCUGUUCCGUGGUCCAGGCGGCCCGUGUGAAAGAGUCCAUUCUGGCCAUCGAAGGCAAGCUGGUCGAGACCAAGGAGUUUGAAAGUCGGUCGACCCCCGGCAAGAAAUCAGGGGUGUUGGCAAUCAUCGAGGGUGUUCGCUUCUGGGUAAGAGACGACGCGAUCAACGAGGACAAGAGCAUUGUCGAUCUGAAGGUUUUGAAGCCUAUCAGUCGGUUGGGAGGGAUUUCGUACGGUCGGACUACCGACGCGAUCGAAAUCCCCAGGCCGCAGUUCUAGACCUGGAGAAGAUAUGGCGCAUCUUAGACACUGGGGUGGAGAGUUGUGCUGCCUCGGUUUAAUCAUACACUAGAUCACCUCAAAUACACGAUAGAAUUGGUUAGCUACUGAACAACGAUAGAUUACAGAAAUGAACAGCAAUGUGGG